UGGGAAUUAUUAUAUGCCCAGCGCGAAAUGCGUGACGAAACCACUUGCUCCAAGGUCCACGAACUGCUGGAGUCACAGAAAUGCGACUUUGUGCGAAAAGUGCCGGAUUGCCUAGUCAAUAUGAAUUUGAUCAACUACCUGGGUUGGCAUUACUGCAAGGUGGACGUCCGGAAUAGCUUCAAUUCCUCCUGGAGUGUGUUGGGCAUGUUUCUGAUUGCCGUCUACGUCUUCUGGAUGAUGCAGAUAACCAUAAAAAACUAUUUUUGUCCCACCCUGAUGGUGAUUGCGGACCUACUGCGAAUGAACGAGAGCACGGCUGGAGUUACGGUUCUGGCCGUUGCCAGCGGAUCGCCGGAUUUCUUCACGGCAAUCGCCUCGAGAAUGCAGGGCUCCAAGUACUCCUUCCUCGCGUGCAUGUCGCAGGCCAUGUUCCUGCACUUCUUUGUGGCCGGACUGGUGAUCCUGACCAAGCCCUUCCACAUGCAGCCAAACACAUACCUGAGGGAUUUCGGUUUCCUGUUCCUCAACACCGUCUACAUGGACUACAUACACAAGCGACCCCAUGGAAUCAGCUGGGUAGCUGCCUUGCCCAGUGCCUUUAUAUUCGUGGGCUAUGUGGUGGUGACCAUCGUUGAUCAGUACUUGCUGAUUGCCCGCAUACAAAAGAUGGAGCAACGACAACUGAAUGUUGCCGAGGCGCUGCAGCUGGAGGCACUGAAGCCGCAGAAGGAGUUGCCACUGAUGCGCCCGGAAAUCCAACGCCCAUCCAUGGGUCAGGGCAGUCGAAAUAAGCGAAUAUUCCGGCAAUUCUGGAACACCGUCGCCGAAUUCGACCAGGAUCGCUUCCAGCGUGGUACCCUCCUGCUGAAGGUGUUCCUGAUAGUGAAGCAACCCAUCGACAUGUUGCUGAGACUACUCAUACCAAAGGUCGACAUGAACGCGCCUCUCUACGGAUGGUCCAAGCUGCUCUUCAACAUGCAGGUGGUUCUCGUGCCCACCUACAUAGCCUACAUAAUACUUAGGGGAUAUAGCGUUGCGGGCUUCGCCGCCUAUAUGAUUGCGCUUAUCAGCAUGGUUCCUGUGGCUAUCUUGAUAUUUUUCCUCACGCGCACUGACACCCCGCCCAUCUUUUUCCGGUAUACAUCUGGCAUGGGCUUCCUGGCCGCCGUCUUCCUCAUCUUCUGCCUGACAACCGAGGUGAAUGCCAUGUUCUUCACGAUGGCGACCAUAUUGAAUGUGAGCCAGGAAUUCCUGCUGGCGACCGCCGUGUGCUGGGCACUGAGCAGCAACGACUUGGUGGCGAAUCUCUCACUGUCCCACCAGGGAUGGCCUCGCAUGGCCAUGACGGCCACGUUCUCCGCGCCAGUAUUUGGAUCCUUUGUGUUUUUGGCCAUGCCCUUGUUGGUGAACUCGUUUGUAGAAGCGCCCGGGAAUAUAUACCCAGCGGAAGGCAGAUUCGGGGAGACGGCGUGCAUCUUCUUGGAGGUCGGAAUGGGCUUCUCGAUGCUCUCCGUGCUAACCACGAACUUUAAGCUGCGACGAGCUUGUGGCUUUCUGCUGGUUACCUACUACAUCUUCUUUCUGGGAGUGCUCAUACUUCUGGAGAAGGGCGUGAUCCAUGCAUACGGCGUGUAAACAGGAAGGAAAUUGUGCUGAGAGCUUGAAACCUAUAAAAUAUGCAAAUUGCGAGAUGAUUUAUGCCUCAUUAUAUAGCCAAUUUCAUUC